ACAUUACACAUUAAAUUAGAGUAACCGGACCGACAUGCCAGCGACAGGGGGAGACUCGAAGGGGGAGGAUUACUCCACCGCUAUCCUGAAACAGACGAAGCGCCCAAACCGUCUUGUUGUGGAUGAGGCUCUUAAUGAAGACAACAGCAUCAUCUGCCUGUCCCAGAGUAAGACAGAUGAUUUGCAGCUUUUCCGCGGGGACACGGUGCUCCUGAAAGGAAAGAAGCGGCGGCAGACUGUUUGUAUCGUCCUCACCGACGAGACCUGCGCAGACGAGAGGGUGCGAAUGAACCGCGUCACACGCAGCAACCUGCGUGUGCGGCUUGGCGACGUCGUCAGUAUCCAGGCCUGUCCUGAUGUGAAGUAUGGGAAGCGGAUUCACGUGUUGCCCAUCGACGACACCAUAGAGGGACUGUCUGGGAAUCUCUUUGAAGCGUUCUUGAAGCCCUACUUCCUGGAGGCAUACCGUCCCGUACACAAAGGUGAUAUUUUCCUGGUUCGUGGGGGGUUGAGGGCGGUGGAGUUCAAAGUGGUAGAGACUGACCCCACCCCUUACUGUAUCGUCGCCCCGGAUACCAUCAUCCACUGCGAGGGACAGCCAAUCAAGCGAGAGGAUGAAGAGGAGAGUCUGAAUGAUAUCGGCUAUGAUGACAUCGGGGGCUGCAGGAAGCAGCUGGCUCAGAUUAAGGAGAUGGUGGAACUUCCUCUCCGCCACCCAGCGCUAUUCAAAGCCAUUGGAGUCAAGCCCCCUCGAGGGCUCUUGCUGUACGGCCCACCUGGGACAGGUAAAACCCUUGUGGCUCGAGCUGUAGCCAAUGAGACGGGAGCAUUCUUUUUCCUUAUUAACGGGCCGGAAAUCAUGAGCAAACUUGCAGGGGAGUCGGAGAGUAAUCUAAGAAAGGCAUUUGAGGAAGCAGAGAAAAACGCACCAGCCAUUAUCUUCAUCGACGAGUUAGACGCCAUCGCUCCAAAGAGGGAGAAGACUCAUGGAGAGGUGGAACGCAGAAUCGUCUCCCAGCUGCUCACGCUGAUGGACGGGCUCAAGCAGCGUACUCACGUUGUUGUCAUGGCAGCGACCAACAGGCCCAACAGUGUGGACCCAGCCCUGCGCCGGUUCGGCCGAUUUGACCGGGAGAUUGACAUUGGGAUCCCGGAUUCCACUGGCAGGCUGGAGAUCCUGCAAAUACACACCAAGAACAUGAAGCUGUCGGAGGAUGUGGACCUGGAAAGGGCUGCCAUGGAGACCCAUGGUCAUGUAGGAGCUGACCUGGCUGCCCUGUGCUCGGAGGCUGCUCUCCAGGCCAUCCGGAAGAAGCUGAUUGUCAUUGACCUGGAGGACGAGACCAUCGACGCAGACGUGCUGAACUCGCUGGCCGUCACCAUGGAUGACUUCCAGUGGGCACUGGGGCAGAGCAAUCCUUCAGCUCUGCGGGAGACGAAUGUGGAGGUACCGCAGGUUAACUGGGAGGAUAUCGGGGGUCUGGACGAGGUGAAGAGAGAGCUACAGGAACUGGUGCAGUACCCUGUGGAGUACCCUGACAAGUUUCUGAAGUUCGGGAUGACCCCCUCUCGGGGGGUGUUGUUCUACGGACCCCCAGGCUGUGGGAAGACCCUCCUGGCCAAAGCCAUCGCCCACGAGUGCCAGGCCAACUUCGUGUCCAUCAAGGGGCCGGAGCUGCUAACCAUGUGGUUCGGGGAGUCCGAGGCCAACGUGCGCGACGUCUUCGACAAGGCCAGGCAGGCAGCCCCCUGCAUCCUAUUCUUUGACGAGUUGGACUCUAUUGCCAAGUCAAGGGGGGGCAGUGCGGGGGAUGGGGGAGGGGCUGCGGACCGUGUCAUCAACCAGAUCCUCACGGAGAUGGACGGCAUGACCAACAAGAAGAACGUCUUCAUCAUCGGAGCCACAAACAGGCCAGAUAUCAUUGACUCUGCAAUCCUGCGGCCUGGCAGACUGGACCAGCUCAUCUACAUCCCCCUGCCGGACGAGCGCUCGAGAGUGGCCAUCCUGAGAGCUAACCUGCGCAAAUCACCCAUCGCCCGGGACGUUGAUCAGAAUUACCUGGCUAAGAUCACAGAGGGCUUCUCCGGGGCGGACCUGACUGAGAUCUGUCAGCGCGCAUGCAAGCUGGCCAUCCGAGAAGCUAUCGAGGUGGAGAUCAGAUUGGAGAGGGAGAGACAGAGUCAUCCAGAGACAGCCAUGGAAGAGGACUCGGACCCAGUCCCUGAGAUCAGGAAGGAUCACUUUGAGGAGGCCAUGAGAUUCGCGCGCCGCUCCGUCAGCGACAACGACAUCCGCAAGUACGAGAUGUUCUCUCAGACCCUGCAGCAGAGCCGGGGCUUCGGGACCUUCAGAUUCCCCUCUAGGACCCAGUCUGGCAGUGGAGAGAGUUCAGGACAGGGAGACAGUGGCCGGGGAAACCUCUACAGAGACGAGGGAGAUGAGGACCUGUACCAGUGAAACAGUAAGCAAGAGGGCCCAAGACAGCACACAGCCUGGGGCUCGCCUGCGCACUGCCUGGGGGCUUGACUGGAUACACAGCCUGGGCCCUCAACAAAGUGUCCCCAUGGAGCUUUGCCGCCAGUAUAUUGAACCGGAUUCAGGAAAUAAAUAUAAACCACUGUUGUUGUGCACUUGGCUUUGUAGGUCUCACCUGAAAGACUUGUGAAAUGAUCACCGAUACAGUAUUAGGUUAAUGAAUGUGUUUGCGAGCCAUGCUUUCAUCUAGUCCUGCACUUCCUGGGUCAGUUCACCUGGUGAGUGCUUCUCCUGGUGACUGACUUGCUUUGCUUUGCAGCCAGUGACGUGGCCUCAGAAGACACUGGCCACUUAGACAACCUGAAAGCAAGGCAUGGGAUUUCUGAAACAGUAGCUCUGUUUUGAAACGUUUUCUGUGUUGCAGCUUCAGUUUCAGAAACCUUGUUUUUUUUUUUUAAUUCAUUGUAGCUAAUAAAACAGUUCCAGAAAAUGUAUU